AUGUCCGAUGAAGCCGCUCCCGGCUACAAGACCCGCUUGGAGGAGGUCUUGAUCUUUGUGCGCAAAGUGAAAAUCACCAGCGGUGUGCAACUGGGGCAUUUGAAAGCCUUGGCCAAAGCUCCUGCCAAGUACCCAAUCCGCCGCGUGCUGACCAAGUAUUUCUCUGUCCCCAGAGGUCACACCCUCAUCAAUGAACAAAACCUAUUUCUGGGCAGCUUACCGACACGUUUAGUGGUGGGGUGUGUGAGCAACAAGGCUUUUGACGGGGACUACACUAAAAACCCGUUUCGUUUCCGGCACUACUACACAAACUUCGUCGCCUUGUACGUUGGCGGUCGUCAGAUUCCAACCAAGCCCCUGACACCCGACUUUGAGAACGAGAAUUUCAUCCGCACGUACAUGAACCUCUUUACUCACACGGGGAAAGCGUUCCACGACGAGGGAAACAAUACCAAGCGCACCACAUUCGCCGAAGGUCACACGCUGUUUUGUUUCGACUUGACCCCUAGCCUCCACGAUGACCACCAACUCAACCUGGUACAAAAAGGGGAUUUGCGCCUGGAGAUGAGGUUUGCCAAACCACUGCCGGAAACCAUUAACGUGGCCGUCUGCCGUGUACCGGCAAGGCACCGCUCGGCAACAAUGUAUGACGAUGUAGCAGGCACGGCAAGUCGGGUCAGUGUGUCAGGCUAUUACGGCUGCCGGCCCGCCGCCCCCCGCUAG